CAUCUCUAAACCUUAAUAUUUGCUUUCCAAGCAUAAUAAGCGUCCCCCCUCCCUCACUGCAGAUGCAUUAGCGACUUGAUGAUGAAGUGACGAUAGCACGCAGCGUAUUGAGAUAUUGGGACAACUUUUACACUGAGCCGCGAAAAGAGCAAAUCUCAUACGGUGUAUCGCAGAGAUUCUCUCUCUCUUGAUAACCAAUCUCUCCUGAAAUCGAUCUAGCGUGGGUUUCUGAUCUCUGUCUCUGUCUCUCUCUCUCUCUCUCUCUAUGUGUUUUUAACAUCAGAAGAAGGUCUGAUUUGGAACUAGGGAUUUAAAGAUGUUGAGAUUUGAUGUUGGUGGUAAAGUGGUGGAGAGAGUGGAUUUAUUAAGGAAGAAACACUGGGGAUGGCGUUUGGAUGUUUGGCCUUUUGCGAUUUUAUACCUUAUUUGGGUUACUGCUGUCGUCCCUAGCAUUGAUUUCGGUGAUGCUACUAUUGUUCUUGGGGCUCUUGUGGCUCUUCACAUUCUCUCCUGGCUCUUCACUGCUUGGUCUGUUGAUUUCAAAUGCUUUGUUCAGUAUAGUAAGGGUAGUGAUAUUCAUGUUGCUGAUGCAUGUAAAAUAACUCCUGCCAAGUUUUCCGGUUCCAAAGAAGUAGUGCCAUUGCAUUUACGUAAACAGUUGGAAAGUUCUUCAACCCCAGGGCAUGUAGAAGAAAUUUACUUUGAUUUCAGAAAGCAGCGUUUCAUCUACUCAAAAGAGAAGAACACAUUUUGCAAGCUUCCUUACCCUACCAAGGAAACUUUUGGUUACUACCUUAAAUGUUCUGGUCAUGGCUCCGAGAGUAAAGUAGCUGCCGCUACUGAAAAAUGGGGACGGAAUGCGUUUGAAUAUCCGCAACCUACAUUCCAGAAAUUAAUGAAAGAGCACUGCAUGGAGCCCUUUUUUGUGUUUCAGGUCUUUUGUGUGGGGCUUUGGUGCUUGGAUGAAUACUGGUAUUACAGUUUGUUCACUCUUUUCAUGCUGUUUAUGUUCGAGUCCACAAUGGCGAAAAGUAGGUUGAAGACUCUUAGUGAACUACGGCGUGUUAGAGUAGAUGGCCAGACCCUAAUGGUCCACCGCUGUGGGAAGUGGGUGAAACUCUCUGGGACUGAUCUUUUGCCCGGUGAUGUUGUCUCCAUUGGGCGCUCCUCUGGACAGAAUGGAGAAGAUAAGUCGGUGCCAGCAGACAUGCUGUUAAUAGCUGGAAGUGCCAUUGUAAAUGAAGCUAUUCUCACAGGCGAGUCUACUCCGCAAUGGAAGGUUUCUAUAAUGGGUAGAGGAAAUGAGGAGAAGUUAUCAGCUAAGCGAGAUAAAACUCAUGUUUUAUUUGGUGGAACUAAAGUAUUGCAGCAUACCCCAGAUAAGACCUUUCCUCUGAGAACACCUGAUGGUGGUUGUUUGGCUGUUGUUCUAAGAACUGGGUUUGAAACAAGUCAAGGGAAACUGAUGAGGACAAUUUUAUUUUCCACUGAGCGGGUUACUGCCAACAGCUGGGAAAGUGGGCUCUUUAUUCUAUUCUUAGUUGUAUUUGCAGUUAUUGCUGCUGGUUAUGUACUUAAAAAGGGAUUAGAAGAUCCGACAAGGAGCAAAUACAAGCUUUUCCUAAGCUGUUCACUUAUUAUAACUUCUGUGAUCCCGCCUGAAUUACCUAUGGAAUUAUCGAUAGCAGUUAAUACGUCUCUUAUUGCGCUGGCGCGGCGUGGAAUAUUUUGUACGGAACCAUUUCGCAUUCCAUUUGCUGGAAAAGUUGACAUAUGUUGCUUUGAUAAAACUGGAACGCUCACGUCUGAUGACAUGGAGUUCUGUGGAGUUGUUGGGUUGACUGAUGGAAUGGAUUUGGAAUCUGAUAUGUCCAAAGUGCCUGUUCGAACUGUAGAAGUUUUGGCUUCUUGUCAUGCCUUGGUUUUUGUGGACAACAAACUGGUCGGUGAUCCUCUUGAGAAAGCUGCACUUAAAGGAAUAGACUGGAGUUACAAAUCUGAUGAGAAGGCCAUGCCAAAAAAGGGAGGUGGCAAUGCUGUGCAGAUUGUUCAGAGACAUCACUUUGCAUCCCAUUUAAAACGAAUGGCAGUUGUUGUUCGCAUAAACGAAGAAUUUUUUGCUUUUGUGAAGGGAGCACCAGAAACUAUACAGGAUAGACUCACUGAUUUGCCACAAUCCUAUAUUGCUACCUAUAAGAAAUUCACACGUCAAGGGUCUCGUGUUUUGGCCCUUGCUUACAAGUCCCUUCCGGACAUGACAGUUAGUGAAGCUAGAAGCAUGGAUAGAGAUGUAGUAGAGAAUGGGCUCAUUUUUGCUGGUUUUGCGGUAUUUAAUUGUCCUAUAAGAGCAGAUUCAGCUACAAUUUUAUCUGAAUUAAAGAAUUCAUCACAUGACUUGGUGAUGAUCACCGGUGACCAGGCUUUGACAGCGUGCCAUGUUGCUAGUCAAGUACAUAUUAUAACUAAACCAGCACUGAUUCUUGGUCCAGCAAGGGAUACUGAAGGAUAUGAGUGGAUAUCACCUGAUGAGUCAGAGAUUAUCCGUUACAGUGACAAAGAGGUUGGAGCUUUAGCAGAGACACACGACCUUUGCAUCGGAGGUGAUUGCAUUGCAAUGUUGGAGCAGGGUUCUGCUACUCUUCAAGUCAUUCCCCAUGUCAAGGUCUUUGCAAGAGUUGCUCCCGAGCAAAAGGAACUAAUCAUGACCACUUUCAAGAUGGUGGGAAGGAUGACUUUGAUGUGUGGGGAUGGUACCAAUGAUGUUGGAGCUUUGAAGCAGGCUCAUGUAGGUGUUGCACUAUUAAAUGCAGUACCUCCUGCACAAAGUGGAAAUUCUUCUGCAGAAAUAUCUAAAGAUGGAAAUCUGAAGUCUGUCAAAUCAAAAAAGUCUAAGCUCAUAUCAGAAGUGGCUAGGAAGGCUGGUAAUCUAAAUGGAGAAGGCUCCUCAAAAGGCAAGGUUGUUGCGAAACCAGAUUCCAGUAAUCAAUCUGCUGGUAAUCGUCAUCUGACAGCUGCAGAAAUGCAACGACAGAAGCUGAAAAAACUAAUGGAUGAGAUGAAUGAGGAGGGUGAUGGUCGCUCAGCUCCCAUUGUCAAGCUUGGAGAUGCCUCAAUGGCCUCUCCUUUUACAGCAAAACAUGCAUCAGUUUCUCCUACCACUGACGUAAUUCGUCAGGGUCGCAGUACCCUUGUGACUACUCUCCAGAUGUUUAAAAUACUUGGGCUCAACUGCCUUGCUACGGCAUAUGUGUUGAGCGUCAUGUAUUUGGAUGGUGUCAAGCUUGGUGAUGUCCAGGCCACAAUCAGCGGUGUCUUUACAGCUGCCUUUUUUCUGUUUAUCUCGCAUGCACGCCCUCUUCCUACCCUUUCAGCUGAACGGCCCCAUCCCAAUAUUUUCUGCUCUUAUGUAUUCCUUUCCCUUAUGGGACAGUUUACAAUCCACCUGUUUUUCUUAAUGACUUCCGUAAAAGAGGCUGAGAAGCAUAUGCCAGAUGAAUGCAUUGAGCCAGACUCUGAUUUUCAUCCAAACCUGGUGAAUACAGUUUCAUACAUGGUCAGCAUGAUGCUCCAGGUGGCCACUUUUGCGGUGAACUAUAUGGGCCAUCCCUUCAAUCAGAGUAUAACAGAAAAUAAACCAUUUCUGUAUGCUCUUCUGGCUGCUGUAGGUUUCUUCACUGUUAUCACUUCUGAUCUAUUCAGGGACUUGAAUGAUUGGUUGAAGUUGGUGCCUUUGCCUCCUGGAUUGAGGGAUAAGCUUUUGAUUUGGGCAUUUCUUAUGUUUCUGAUCUGCUAUACGUGGGAGAGAUUGUUGAGAUGGGCUUUCCCAGGUCGGAUUCCAGCUUGGAGAAAACGACAGCAGCUGGCUGACAGUAAUUUAGAAAACAAGAAACAUGUCUGAGUUGUUGUAGGGAAAUGGUUUUGCAGAAGACGACUGAUAGGACCAGUAGCAGAAACGCUAGAAGCAUUAAAAACCUGUAGCUGAAUUGCUUUUGAUAUGUAAUAUUUUUGCCCAUUCAUUUUUUAUUACAUGGGAAUUUUUGUCAAAUAUAGUGAUUGAACAGGAACUACAGGGCGGAAGAUUUGUUUCUGCCUUUACACAGUUGUAACUUCCCUAUUUUUCCAUUUUGGAUGAUUUACAAAAACUGCUUUUGCCA